AUGGCUUUGCCAGUAAUUAAAGCAAUCGAGGAUUGCUCAAACAUCACGAAGACAGUCUUGCCAUACUUGCCACAGUUGUACGACCUACCUCAACAAAUACUUCAAUCCUACUCGAAUCCUACUGAGCUUCGAAAUCUCUACUUAGCCACAAAUCCACUCAUCUCUGCCUUUGCAUUCUCACUAUUCUUAACACCAGUUUUUUUGUUGGUUUCGGAAGUCAAUAAGAACUAUUCACAAGUCGACAGAUGCUGGAGUAUCUUACCUACAUUAUAUAAUGCCCAUUUUGCCAUCUAUGCGCAUCUAUCUGGUUUGCCGACCGGACGGUUAGAUAAUGUACUUGCUUUCAGCACGAUAUGGAGUUUGCGUUUGACCUUCAAUUACUGGAGGAAAGGUGGAUAUAGCAUUGGAUCUGAAGACUAUCGCUGGGAGGUCCUGCGAGAAAAGAUCCCCCCCGCACUCUUCUUCGUCUUCAACGUCGCCUUCAUAUCACUCGCACAAAGCAUUCUUCUCUUCUUAAUUUCAACACCAUCAUACGUUAUGCUAUUAGCUGCACGAUAUGGAGCGCCCUGGACGACGGCAGAUUUGAUAUUCUCUAGAGGUCUUAUAACUCUUGUGGCGCUUGAGUAUCUUGCAGAUGGGCAACAGUGGAACUACCAAACCGCCAAGCAACAAUACUUGAAGACCGCUAAAGUACAAGGGGGACUUGACCAAGAAUCACUCGACCGUGGUUUCGUUACCUCUGGUCUCUGGUCCUUGAGCAGACAUCCAAAUUUUGCUGCAGAACAAACCAUAUGGGUAGUACUAUACACGUGGGGAUGCUGGACUAGUAAUGUAGCAUUCAACUGGACAUUUGCCGGUGCUAUGUCAUACUUAAUACUCUUCCAGGCCUCAACCUGGUUCACCGAGCUCAUAACGGCCAAGAAGUACCCAGAUUAUCAGGAGUAUCAAGCCCAAGUUGGCAAAUUCUUGCCAAAUGUUUUUUCUAUCAAGCCAGCAUUUGCCAAAGCGGAGAAGAAAGUCGCCACGACGAUUAAGGGGAAUACAAGGAAGGUUUCUACAAGUAAAUAA